GGGCGGAGGUUGUGCCGGGAACUGGCGCUCAAGGUGAACCAGGGAUGUGGUUCGAGAGCCAGGCGGGAGCAGGAACAGCGGCGGCCGUAGGGACAGGCGCCGUCGCUUUCCUGUUGCUGCUGGUGCUGUCACUGGUGGUAAAGCAGUUGCUGAAGCAGAGGCGGCCAGUUGGUUUCCCUCCUGGCCCAGCGAGGCUGCCGCUCAUCGGUAAUAUCCAUUCCUUGGCGUCGGAGCAGCCUCACGUUUACAUGAAGAGACAGAGCGAGCUCCACGGGCAGAUCUUUAGUCUUGAUCUUGGAGGUAUAUCAGCUAUUGUCCUGAAUGGCUAUGAUGCAGUAAAAGAAUGCCUUGUUCAACAAAGCGACAUUUUUGCAGACAGGCCACCUCUUCCUUUGUUCAAGAAGCUGACAAAAAUGGGAGGUUUAUUAAACUCAAGAUAUGGCAGAGGUUGGACAGAGCAUCGCAAAUUAGCCGUUACCAGCUUUCGGAUCUUUGGAUAUGGUCAAAAAUCCUUUGAAUCCAAAAUAUCAGAAGAAUCAAUUAUUUUUCUUGAGGCAAUAGAUACCUAUAAAGGCAAGCCUUUUGAUCUUAAGCACUUGAUAACAAGUGCAGUUUCAAAUAUUACCAAUUUAAUUAUUUUUGGAGAACGAUUUACAUAUGAAGACACUGAAUUUCAACAUAUGAUUGAAAUAUUUAGUGAAAACAUUGAGUUGGCUGCUAGUGCUGCAGCUUUUUUGUAUAAUGCUUUUCCAUGGAUUGGUGCUUUCCCUUUUGGAAAACACCAGCAGCUUUUUAAAAAUGCAGCUGAAGUCUAUACAUUUCUUCUUCAUCUUAUUCAACGUGCUUCACAGAACAGGAAACCUCAGUCACCUCAACAUUUCAUAGAUGCAUAUUUAGAUGAGAUGGUUAGAAAUAAAAAUGAUCCGGAGUCCACCUUUUCAACAGAAAACUUAAUUUUCUCUGUUGGAGAAAUCAUGAUUGCUGGAACAGAAACUACAACCAAUGUUCUAAGAUGGGCAGUAUUAUUCAUGGCUCUUUAUCCGAACAUUCAAGGGCAAGUUCAUAAAGAAAUUGAUUUAGUCGUGGGGCCAAACAAAACUCCUUGCCUAGAAGAGAAGUGCAAAAUGCCAUACACAGAGGCAGUCAUCCAUGAAAUUUUAAGAUUCUGUAAUAUAGUACCACUAGGUAUUUUUCAUGCAACCUCUAAGGACACAGUUGUGCGUGGUUAUUCUAUCCCUGAAGGAACUACAGUAAUUACUAAUCUCUAUUCUGUACACUUUGAUGAAAAGUAUUGGAGUAACCCUGAAGUUUUUUGGCCUGAGAGAUUUUUGGACAGCUCAGGACAGUUUGUCAAGAGGGAAGCAUUUGUUCCUUUUUCAUUAGGAAAAAGACACUGUUUAGGAGAACAGCUGGCCAGAAUGGAAAUGUUUUUAUUUUUUACUUCAUUACUUCAACGAUUCCAUUUGCACUUUCCUAGUGCUUUGAUUCCAGACCUUAAGCCAAAAUUAGGUAUGACAUUACAACCUCAUCCAUACCUUAUUUGUGCAGAGAGACGAUGCUGAAUGCAAAAUAUCUAAAUUUCUGGAAUAGUGGCUAGUUAUGCAUAGGUACAGACAACCUGUUAAUAUUUAUUAAUGUUAUUUAUAAAAUACAUUGAAAGCUAAGCACUGAAAUGAAUGAGGUAAUACAAACUCUUAACAAAACAAGUUCAAAAUAAAAGUGCUAAUAGUUUAUUCACAAUGUGAUAAUUUCUACCAGCUGAUUAGUUUGUAUAUGUGCUGAAAAUUUUCAGACCAGCUGCAGUUGUUCAGGGGCAUGAGAGUAUGUUGAGGUGAUAUAUAUAACCAGCACUCCAGUCCAUGGCAUUCAAGCUUCUUUCAGGAAAAAGUGAAUCAAAUCUUGUCAUAUGUCCUAGAUAAAUUUCCCAGAAGGUAAAGGAGUUAAGAAUGCCGAGCAUGGGCUAAAAGAUGAUCCAUACCAUUCUCAGGUUUGGUGAACAGGAUGUUUUGUAAUAGACAACUUUCUAAAUCUCUUUAGAAUGUGCAGUCCUCUGGAAAGUUCCAC